UCAUGGGUUCACACCAAUCACAAAUUCAACUGAUUGCCGAAAAUACACCUAUAAUCUAUAUCCAUCACAACCAGAAUUUCCUGGAAUUUACACUCUUUAUCCAAAAGUUACACCAUAUCCCAAAAGCCUAUAAAUUGCUGUCAGCAACAGAAUUUUGUUAUGCCAACUUCAAAGCCAAAGCACAACAAAAAUCCCAAAUGAUCAACAGGUAUGGACUUUAAUCCUGAAGUGGAUAUGCAAACAAACAAGAACAACAAGAGAAGAUUUAGUGACAGGCAAGUUCAAUCCUUAGAAUCAAUGUUUAGCUCAGAAGCAAGGCCCGGGUCAAAAACAAAGCAGCAGAUUGCUAACCAGCUCGAACUCGAUCCACGUCAGGUUAGUGUUUGGUUCCAGAACAGGAGAGCUCGAACUAAGUCAAAGCAGACAGAGCAUGAUUACAGCGUCUUGAAAGCUCGCUAUGACAGUCUCGCCUCUGAGUUCGAGGCUCUUAAGAGAGACAAUCAGUGUUUGGUCAUCGAGCUGCAGAGACUAAAGGAUUUGAAAGAAUGGCCCAAAGACAGCACAACUGACUCAACUCCAGGUACAUGCAGCAGCAAUGGAGAAUCUGUUUCUUUAGGGUCAGCACAGAUGGACGUAGCUCGGCCAGAAGAUUACAAUCACGAGAAGAUUUUAAACGAGGCCAAGACCGAAGGAUUUAAGAUUGGGCAGGAGAUAGACAUCCAGGAAAACAUUAACAUGAUAGGAUCUACAGAUGGCUCAUUAGCAUCAUUUAGUAACCACAGCAGCCUAGAAGUAACCUAUCUUAGUGAGCAUAAUUGUGUAUUAGACUGGUGGGAUUUCUGGACUUGAUACAGUCAUGGAUGUUAAAAUUAAACUAUACUUUAUAAUAACUUCCAUAUACAGAUUCUAGGUUUAGAAGCUUUGAAGCAAGCAGCAAUAUACGUAGUGGUUGGAUCAUCAAAACUCUAUCUUUGUAACAAACAUGAAAUGGUUCUAUCCAGUACUGCCCAAUGCAACCCCUGACCCCAAAACCAAAAAACAAAAACGAGAAAGAAUGGAAACAAGAACCCAUCAAGGCUAUCUUACUUGGACAAGGAUAUGAGAGUCGGUACAAGAUAAACUGUCAAGUGUCAAACACGUAAUGACUCAACAUUUGAACAUGGGAACAUUGUCCUAAAAUCGAUGGAGCUGCAAGGACACAGAAAUUAUAUUUCUGAUUUUUAAAGACUAUUUGCAUGUGCUAUUCACAUUACAAACACUUAAAUAUAUAUAGACACGUGUGUGCAUGUAUGUUAGUGUGUAUACAUAUGUGCGCUUUGCAUUGACCUGUAUGCCAAUCUCAAGCCCAUUAGUGAGCAUAUAUGACACAAUUUCUCCUCUCUAUUUAAA